CUUUUAUGGAGGUGAGGGAGGGGUCAAGAUAGUCUUCAUAUACCAGCUGCGAGGGGCUCACCAGUCUAGCAGUGUAUCAUUGACCCUCGCAGUGAAUACAUACCACCCUUAUACCCUGCUUGCAUCUCUCACAGGUACUACGAUGACGCGACCCCAGGUGAUGGUGAUGGUGAUAGUACAAGUGAUGGUGAUGGCGUCAGUCGACGCACAGUCAGGAACCCGUUGUAUUCAAAACAAGGGCCAGCAGGGGAUGUGCGGACCUAUCACAACCUGUCCCCCACUAUUGUCUCUCCUACGUCAGUUGCGUUCUAGAAAUCCACCUAAAAAUGGAAGCCAGACGUUGAUCAGCUCUUUUUGUGGCUAUGAAGGCAGUAUUCCACUGGUGUGUUGUCCUGUCAAUUCUUCAACAGCUAUCAGUCAAAUUACUGGCCGCUCACUACUACCUUCCCGCUGCGGCAUCUCUCUCCUCACGCAACAAAUCAUUGACGGAGAGGACGCCAGCCUCCUCGCCUGGCCAUGGAUGGUCCUACUACGUGGACGAACCCGGGGAGUGUUGACCUGGACGUGUGGGGGAGUGCUCAUCUCUGAACGAUAUGUGCUGACAGCUGCUCACUGCAACGAUACUACUACUACACUAGAGAGUGUGAGGGUAGGAGAGCACACACUCAACAUCAACCCAGACUGUGAGAAAGGUGUGUGUGCACCGGCCCCACAAGAUAUCCUCGUAGAGAGAAUAAUCUCACACCCAGACUACAAGAAGCCUUGUAACAAGUGUAAUGACAUUGCCCUCUUGAGACUCUCCCGGCCUGCUGUCCUCAACCCAAUCCAUGUAGUUCCAAUCUGCCUGCCUGUCGACCUGAAGCAACAGAUGGGUAUCACAGAGGAUGAGUUCUUGGACAAGCAUGCCUGGGCAGCUGGCUGGGGCUCCAUUUCUAGAGAUUCGUCAGUUUUCAUCAGACUGGACACCCUCCAGCAAGUGCAGCUGCCCAUCACCAACUCAGAGUCAUGCGAAAUUAUGAGGAGUAGCUAUCCCGAUCCUCGCAUGGUUCUCUGUGCUGGCGGAGAGGGCAAGGAUACCUGUUCCGGAGACUCAGGAGGACCUCUCACCCUCACUAACAAAGGGAACACCAAACAUUUUGUUGUAGGCAUCACCAGCCAUGGCCCUAGUGAGUGUGGUAUCACCAACACUCAAGGUAUAUACACCAAUGUUCACUACUACGUGCAAUGGAUUAUCGACAAUUUACAACCAUAGCUUUGAACCACCAAGAGUUUCCGCCAGAGUACAGCUCAAUAGACAUUCUCAAGCUGCCGUUGUUACUGGACCCAUAGUGAAAUACUUGACGAUAUUCUAGCAGCCCAAUGGAAAUAAGUCACUGACUUUUUUUUUUUUUUUGGGGGGGGGGGGGUUAUCCUAGGUUCUCUACACAUAUGCUGUUAUGUAUGAUAAUUCUAUGUAACUGUGUUUGUGUAUACCUGAAUAAACUUACUAGUGAAGUCUCCCAGCGCAGGCUUACGUAUUUCAUUAAAGUGUUUAAACAACAAUUCUCUGUGAUGGCGAACUAAACGAAAACUAACCAUGGGAUUCAGGGUUAGCAGGAGUACAUCUGGAUUUGUAUCUACAAUUUGUUUUAUCUUUCUGUCUUUAUGUACAGUUUGUCUUAUAUGUCGGAUAUCAUAUUUUCACUAAUUAGAUACCUUGACUUAUCACAUGUGUUAUUGUUCUGUAUGUAUAUCUAUAUUCCCAAUAAGUGAACAGUUAAUUAAGCACACUGUUCAAGAAAUUGGCCACCAGGCUGACCAUAUACUGUGUAUUUAGUUUAAUUAUCUGUCCGUGUGCCAAAUUGCCAAAGGUACCCGUAACCAAGCCUAAAUCUGGUUACUAAAUCAGUCUGUUUACAUUGCAAGUUGCUUCGGGUACCCGUAACCAAGCCUAAAUCUGGUUACUAAAUCAGUCUGUUUACAUUGCAAGUUGCUUCGUAAAUAUUCUUAUCUACAUUCAUGUUAUCAUGAACAUAGAUACAGAUACUGUGAUGGAAUAUGACAGGAAAAUAAUUGUGGGAUGGAGUAUGGUAGGGAAAAUUAUCAUAUAUGAUCACUGUGUGUGAUGGAGUAUGACAGGAAACAGAAAACAUCAUGUGAUGAAAUAUGACAGGAAAACCAUUCUGUACAACGGAGUAUUACAUGAAGCCCAACCCAUGUGAUUAAGUAUGACAAAAAAUAUAUCCUGUGUGAUUAAGUAUGACAGGAAAACCAUUUUGUGUGAUGAAGUAUGACAGGAAAAUCAUCCUGUGCAGUGACGUAAGACAGGAAAAUCAUCCAAUGAGAGAAAAAAAUAUUGUGUGAUGGAGUGUGCCAUGAAACUCAUUCUACAUGAUAGAGUAUAAGAAAACCUCUCUUGAAUGAUGAGUGUUAGGUAAACUUAAUUAUUUCUGGCCUUGAGUCUUAAAUGGUAUGUAGCUACGCAAUGUAGACUAUCAAUUGUUGUUAAUACAAAAUAAAAAUAAAAAAAUU